AAAGGUGGUGCUGUGACUGUCCCAGAAACGCUGCUUUUCAUAUCCACUCUGGAUGGAAACCUUCACGCAGUGAGUAAGAGCACAGGUGACAUCAAGUGGACCCUGAAGGAUGAUCCUAUUCUGCAGGUGCCGGUUUAUGUGGCAGAACCAGCAUUCCUUCCAGACCCCAACGAUGGCAGCCUGUAUAUCCUGGGAGGAAAAAACAAAGAAGGCUUGAUGAAGCUCCCGUUCACCAUCCCAGAGCUGGUCCAGUCCUCGCCAUGCCGCAGUUCGGACGGCGUGCUCUACACCGGGAAGAAGCAGGACACCUGGUUCAUCGUGGACCCCAAGUCAGGAGAGAAGCAGACCACUCUCUCAACAGAGGCCUGGGAUGGUCUGUGCCCAUCAAGUCCCCUCCUCUACAUCGGCCGUACCCAGUAUGUCAUCACCAUGUAUGACACCAAGUCACGGGAGCUGCGCUGGAACGCCACCUUCUCGGACUACUCGGCGCCACUCUGCGAGGAGUCCUACCACUACAAAAUGGCACACUUCGCCUCGAGCGGAGACGGGCUGGUGGUGACACUGGACAAGGAGAGCGGGGAGGUCCUGUGGGCGCAGAACUAUGGCUCCCCCCCGCUCUACGUGGGGAAAUAUGCGGCCAGCUUCUACGCUUUGACCUCCCUGGUCCAUGGCAGCGUGGCUCUGGUGGUGAGUGUCCCCGCUGGCAUCACGCUGGCCAGGAUCGACGGCCCCACCACAGAUGAUGUGACCAUGAGAGAGUCAGGGGAGUGUGAGAUCACGCCCAGCACCGACGUCAAGUACCCGCAGGGCAGCAUCACCGCGCUCCACAACCAGUGGCUCUUAAUAGGGCACCACGAGCCGCCUCCUGUGGUCCACACUACAAUGCUACGAGCCUUCCCGGAGAACCUGAGGAAGACAACGGAAACCAUCAUCCCCAGGGCUCCUCCUGCCAAGACCGUGUUCGACGAUUUUCUGGCCCCGAGCAGCCCGGAGGAGCCGGCUGUCCGCAGCGAGGGGCAGUUCCAGCCGGACCCUGCGCCAAAGGAGCAGGUGGAGGUCUACCCCGAGGCCGGCUUCUGGGACCUGGUGAUGGCUGGCGUCGGCACGGCGCUGCUGGGCGGGGGAGUCCUGUUCCUCCUGCUCACGAAACUGCAGAAGCAGCAUGCGGCGCAGCAGCAGCAGCUGGAGAAGCAGAUUCAGCUCCUGCAGCAGCAGCAGGAGAUGCUGCUCCCAAGCCGGGUCUCCGAGGAGGGUGUCCCUGCAGAGCCCAGGGAGCCGGGGCUGAGCCAGGGAAGCGCGUUGCAGCUCUCGCAGAGCUCCAGCCCCUCGGCCUGCCCGAAGGGCUUGUCUAAUGGGAUGGUCAGCUCAGAUCCGGCUGUCCCAGCGGCUGCUGAAGAUGCAGAACCAGAUGUGAUUGUAGUUGGGAAAGUUUCUUUUAACCCCAAGGAUGUGCUGGGCCAUGGAGCUGGAGGAACCUUUGUCUUCAGAGGACAGUUUGAUGGCCGGAACGUGGCCGUGAAGCGCCUUCUGCCCGAAUGUUUCCACCUCGUGGACCGCGAGGUCCAGCUGCUCCGGGAGUCGGAUGAGCACCCCCACGUUGUCCGCUACUUCUGCACCGAGAAGGACAAGCAGUUCCACUACAUCGCCAUCGAGCUCUGCUCUGCCACGCUGCAGGAGUACGUGGAAAGCCCCAGCUUCGAUCGUCGCAGCCUGGACCCGGUGUCUCUGCUGCGUCAGACCAUGUCCGGGCUGGCCCACCUCCACUCCCUCAGCAUCGUCCAUCGUGACCUGAAGCCCUGUAACAUCCUCAUCUCCGUCCCAAAUCGCCACGGGCAGAUCCGAGCUGUCAUCUCCGACUUUGGCCUCUGCAAGAAGCUUCAGGGGGGACGACAGAGCUUCAGCCUCCGCUCCGGCAUCCCUGGCACCGAGGGCUGGAUCGCGCCCGAGGUGCUCCAGGAAGCCCCGAAGGAGAACCCCACGUGUGCCGUGGACAUCUUUUCAGCCGGCUGCGUCUUCUACUACGUGGUGUCAGGAGGGCAGCACCCGUUUGGGGACAGCUUGCGGCGACAGGCCAACAUCUUGUCAGGCUCUUACCAGCUGAGCUGCCUGCAGGAAGAAGCUCACGACAAGCUUGUUGCACGAGAGCUGAUUGCAGCAAUGAUCAGCCCUGAGCCCCAGUGCCGACCCUCAGCCCCCGUGGUCCUUGUGCACCCCUUUUUCUGGAGUCAGGAGAAGCAGCUGCAGUUCUUCCAGGACGUCAGUGACCGCGUCGAGAAGGAGCCUGUCGAGGGACCCAUCGUCUCGGCCCUGGAGGCGGGGGGACGGUCAGUGGUGAGGACCAACUGGAGGAUGCACAUCUCCCUCCCGCUGCAGACAGACCUGAGGAAGUUCCGCACCUACAAGGGGGGCUCGGUGCGUGACCUCCUGCGGGCCAUGAGGAACAAGGUACAGCUGCCCCAGCUCCCCCCGUCCCCGCCACGCCCACCCCUGCUCACCUCACCCUCCUCUCUCCUGCAGAAGCAUCACUACCACGAGCUGCCGGCCGACGUCCGGGCGACCCUGGGCUCUGUCCCUGACGGCUUUGUGCAGUACUUCACCUCCCGCUUCCCCCGGCUGCUGCUGCACACGCACGGGGCCAUGAGGGUCUGCGCCCACGAGCGGCUUUUCCACUCCUACUACUGCCAGGGGCCAGGAGGUGAUGGCAAAUGA